ACCCAUUAACAGAAUCUACAUUCUUAAAAACAUUAAAAAAAAAGUGAAUCAAACGAACACAAACAGCUCUGUUUACCCAUCUCCAAUGGCACUCGAUAACUGUGUUCAACUGGGCACCGCCGCCGCCGCCGCCUCCAUGUGCGCCACCACUACCAGACUCAAAUCUUAUCCCUUUUGUUAUAAUCACCACCUAAACACAACCUUAACCCUUCGACGCAAAUUGCCCAUUUCAACUUCCGGAAACAAGUCCUUCUCCCCCUCUACAAUCAUUUCCACUUUCAGAAAAUCCUUCUCCCUUGCGUGUCGAGCUCGUGGUGCCGUCGACGAUGUGCCGGAGGUGACAGAGUCGAGUUGGGACAGUUUGGUGGUUGGGAGUCAAAAGGCCGUGCUGGUGGAGUUUUGGGCGCCGUGGUGUGGACCUUGCAAGAUCAUUGAGCCUGUGAUUAAGGAUUUGGCGCAGGAAUAUGCAGGCAAGAUUGUGUGUUUGAAGCUCAAUACAGAUCUCAGCCCAAAUGUGGCCUCAAAAUAUGGUAUUAGAAGCAUUCCCACGGUUCUGUUCUUCAAGAAUGGGGAGAAAAGAGAGAGCGUCAUUGGGGCUGUGCCCAGAUCCACCUUGGCCGCCACCAUUGACAAGUAUACAGAGGUUUAAUUUUGAAGAAUCCCCACAUCAUCGAACUCCACCAGAGAUACCUUCCAAUAUUUUUCUUCUUCAGCUUGUAAAAAUUGCAAACUUUUUAUGGAUCUUUUCUUCAAUUGGACGAUUUUCUUUUUGUUCUU